AGACAUGAUCGGCAUCAUUUCCGUGCCAGCCCCGAACAAAGGUGGCGGUCGGAAGCGCGCCCGGUUACCAAUUUCCUUUCCCGUCUCUUUUCCUUCCAUCUCCCCGAUACGCUAGUCUGAGACUCGAGAUGAUGGCGACGGCGGCAGCUGAAGUGGAGUACGAGUCAGUGCUGUGUGUGAAACCUGAUGUUAGCGUCUUCCGGAUCCCCCCGAGGGCCUCGAAUCGGGGAUACAGGGCCUCUGACUGGAAACUGGACCAGCCAGACUGGACAGGACGCCUCCGCAUUACCUCUAAAGGCAAAAUUGCUUACAUAAAACUUGAGGAUAAAGUUUCAGGUGAACUUUUUGCCCAAGCUCCGAUAGAACAAUACCCUGGGAUUGCUGUGGAGACUGUGACUGAUUCCAGCCGGUACUUUGUCAUCCGGAUUCAAGAUGGGAACGGGCGAAGUGCCUUCAUUGGUAUCGGCUUUGGAGACAGGGGGGAUGCCUUUGACUUCAAUGUUGCCCUGCAAGAUCAUUUCAAGUGGGUGAAACAAGAGACAGAAAUUUCCAAGGAGUCCCAGGAAACAGAUAGCCGUCCCAAGCUUGACCUAGGGUUCAAGGAAGGGCAGACCAUUAAAUUGAACAUUGGGAACAUGCCAACAAAGAAAAGUGGGUCAACCAAACCACGUCCAGCUGGAUCAGGGGGACUAAGCCUACUCCCACCACCACCUGGGGGCAAAAUUGCCCUCCCUCCUAUCCCCCCUCCUUCCUCGGCUGCCAUUUCUAAUCAUGUUACCCCACCACCGGUGCUGAAAUCCAGCAAUGUGGGCAACACAGAUAUUUUGCUUGACUUGGACUUGCCACCUGCUGUUUCAAAAGUACCUGCGCCUGCUGUGGUUCCAGCUACCACAGACCUCUGGGGAGACUUUAACACUGCAUCUAGCACUGUUCCCAGCCAGUCUCCCCAGCCACCCAACUGGGUCCAGUUCUGAAGAAUCUGAGCUGGUGAUAUAGGCAUGGACCAAUUACCAAGGAUCCUCAGGCUUCAAGUGGGAUGGGAGUGAGCUGAUGACCUUGGCUUUUCAGUCAGAACAUGAUUUCUGGAUGAUCCUCCUGUUUUUGUUCAUGUUUCCAUUUGCAUUGCAUUGACACAUUUUCUCUUGUGAAGCAAACCUACAAAAGCUUUGGGGAAUGCUUCAGGCCACUAACCUGAAGUAAAUUAGAAGUGUGGGAACAAAAAGUUGUGACUGGCUUCCAUAAAUCUAUUCACCUUCAUGGUGCCGCUGCAGAGGAAAUCUAGACUGAUACUGCGUGGAAUAGGAGAACACUGAGCAGAUGUGGCAUUCAUUUCGUUUUGCUAGCCAAGUAUAGUCCCCUUUCUCUUCUCAAGAUCUCCCAUAGCAAUUACAAGCCAGCACAAGUAGAUCUGCACAAUAUAUUUGACACUAGUAUUGAUAUAGCAACCAAGGUGAAAAGCAAAAGCCAUUUUUAAAGAACUCAUCUUAGAGCUAUCCUCUCUAUCUAGGACAGGUUGCUUUUUCAUAGUAUCUUUAGGAUGGAACUAAUUCAGCCCUUUCUCAAAUAUUCUUUCUCCCCUUAUAUCUAUGGUAGGGGAGGUUUAGAGUUAGAGUCUGUGCAUAAACCUAGGUGUGGUGCAAUUCGACUUGCAUCGUCUUUAUUUUCUAUUGAGUGAGCACCAACAAAUCUCACUGACUAUUCCCCCCUUCCUGGCUCAUGUCCCUAGCACUGACUAUACUGCAGAACAUUUUAAAACUGGAAAUGUGUAAAAACAGCAGCAACUACAAGAAACUACUCUCCCUCUUUACAGGGAACAAUAGCAAGUCCAUCCACACAUCAGACAGCAGCAAUCCUGGUUCUUCUAGGGAUCCUGUAUCUAGAAAAGACAGCUCAGCUCUGACCCGAGCUUGGUGUAGCUUCUGCACUGUGGGAAUGUCAGCUGAUGUGCAAGGCCAAGCAUUUCACUGAUUACUUAUGGCCAAUGGAAGGUGCUGUCACCUAACUGGCCAAAGCAGCAGAAAUGCAUCUGAUGCAUACUGCCAAAAAUGAAUGUCAAAGUUUCAAGGAGUUUACAUUUGGACUGUCUGGCCAGUGUGAUUUAACUUCUUGUAUGCUAAUAGUAUCUCCUCAGCAAAUAUUAGUGGACCAUGAAGCCUUUCCAGACAUUGUCUCUUCCUCUUCCACAUUCUUUUCUAAGAUUUUUAUUUUAUGGGCACCCAAUCCUUUCCUUCCAUGAGCUGCUCAGGUUAUUGUGCAGACUUACCUUUGUCCUCCCUGCUUGCACUUUAGGGCCAGAAAUGGCCAAUAAAGUCUGUAGUAGCAAGGCCUCUUCAUUUUGGAGCACCAGAGUGGUACAAUUAAUGUGGGCACUUCUUGCGAUACAGUCUCAGAUGGAGGCCUGUACAUGUGCACACAGAUGGUAUCUUCUGCAGUCACAUGGUUUUGUGCUCUUAGAUGUGUAUGAUUGAAUGAGGGCACAUCUUCCUGAUGUUUAUCCCUUGCUCAUGGCCCUGACAGCUCUCAAAUCCAACAGAUUACUUAAAUCCUAGAGCAGCAGUGGGGAACCUGGUCCAUUAAUAACCAGAAAGGAAAUACCUUUAAACACUUCUGCAAUGUUAUAUGCACAUCUCACUUAUGGAAAAGGGGAGCUGGUGUCUGCUUUCUAAGGCUGUACAUACGUUAAAUGCCCAGUUAUUCAUCACUUCUCCCACUGCCAUCUUAUUUUUAUACUUACCUGUUUCUACAACUACAUUAUCUCUCCAUCUGCUUUAUUUCACUACUGGUUGGUUGUAAACACUUCCCGUCUUCUUUAAGCUCUUUCCUUGUGGUAUAAGCCAGCCCAAGAAUCCUAGAACCUGGCUGAAUAUUCCAUAUCAGUGACAGGUCCUGUCAUUUCAAUAAUUCUGUGUCCAGACAUGAAGAGACUUAUCAGGAACUUCUCCCUGUUGUGAUUCUGUUUCUGUCUGUUUGUUUUUUAAAAUAGUAUUAUCAAGAUAAUAUAUAAUGUAUUGGCACAAACUGAAGUAAAACUUCGUGUGCAUGUAUAUAAAGCAUAAGAUGCACUGGUUCAAUAAUAGCAAAUAAAUUCAAGAAUAAAAUUGGACAAAGCAUGUA